UUGGUUUCCUGUACAUUUGACCGAAACCCUGGACCCAGACAUUUUCAUAUUUUAGUUCUGGAGAUGAGAUGCUAAGUCCUGGGAUUUAUUGAAUUCUUGAUUUUGUCAUUUUGCAAUUUUGCAUCUUUUAUUUACUAAUUUGAUUGAUUUUCCAUCUCCUUGAAUUGGGAGUUAUGCAAUGACUAUCCUUCUUCCUCCCAUUUCACUUCCUUGUCUUUCAAAACCCCAGCAUUUGUUCCUUCCAUUUAAACCAGAAUCAUCCAAAACCAUCUUCACUGGCUUCUCCUCUUGUAAACCAUUACCCAAUUGCAGUGUUCAAAACCCAAAACUAAAAGUAACCCAAUGCUGUACCAGCUCAGGUGUAUUUCCCUCUGAAGACACUUUUCUCUUUAGUGACUGGCCUGAGCUUGUAAAAAUCUCAACUGAAUUUAGAGAUUUUUUAUUGGGCCAGGCAAUUCAUGCCUACCUAGUGAAAUCUGGCUCUCUAAACGAUGCAUUUGUAGGCAAUAAUCUCAUUAGUCUUUAUGUAAAAUUCAAUAGAUUAGAUUUGGCACAGAGAGUGUUCGACAAAAUGCCUGUCAGAAACACAAUUACUUGGACUUCAUUGAUGAAAGGGUAUUUGGCGGAUAACGAUUUUCAAUCUGCGUUUUGUAUUGCGGGUGAUAUGUUUGAAUUCGGGGAGAAGUUCAAUGAGCAUACUUGCACUGUGAUUUUACAAGCAUGUAGCACCUCGGGCGAUAAGAUACUGGGGGAACAGAUGCAUUCUUUUGUCAUUAAAUCUGGGUUUGUCCAUAAUGUUUAUGUUGGUACUUCCUUGAUUGCUAUGUACGCAAGAAGCGGACCCUUUGGUGAUGUGGAGAAAGUGUUUGAUUGCAUGGCUUGUAAAGAUGUGCGGUGUCUAAAUUUUAUGAUUUUGGAAUGUGGAAAGGCCGGAAAUGGGAAGAAGGCCUUUAAGGUUUUCAUAAAUUUACUAAAUUCUGGUCUGGAGCCAAAUGAUUAUACAUUCACCAACAUAAUUAGCUCGUGCAAUGGAGAUUUAGGUGUAGAGGAAGGUAAGCAAUUGCAGGGGCUUGCUUUUAAGUAUGGUUUUCUGAAUGAAACUUCAGUUGGAAAUGCAAUUAUUUCCCUGUAUGGAAAAAAUGGAAUGGCAGAUGAGGCCAAGAGGAUGUUUUCUCUAAUGACUGAGAGGAAUGUGAUUUCAUGGACUGCCCUUGUAUCAGGCUACACGAGGAGUGGCUAUGGAGAAAAAGCUGUUGAUGCAUUCAUGGAAUUGCAUUGCCUUGGUGUAAACUUUGACUCUAGUUUGUUAACUACCAUUCUUGAUUGCUGCUCAGAAUACAACAAAUUGCAAUUGGGACUUCAAAUCCACGGGUUGGUGAUAAAGCUCGGUUAUAAAAGUGAUGUUAAUAUUGUGACUGCUUUAAUAGAUUUAUAUUCCAAAUCUGGGAAGCUGCAGUCUGCAAGAAUACUUUUUAAUGGUCUUUCAAGUAAGAGUACUGCUUCUUUCAAUGCCAUUCUGGCAGGAUUUAUAGAAGACAGAGGAAAUGAUGAACAAGAUUCCAUGGUUUUGUUUAAUCAGCUGAGGAUAGCUGGUAUUAAACCAGAUUUUGUGACUUUUUCACGAUUCCUUUGUUUGUCAUCUAAUCAAGCUUCAUUACAAAAAGGGAGAAGUUUUCAUGCUUAUGCUAUUAAGACAGGACUUGAAGCUGAUUUUUCUGUAGCCAAUGCUGUGAUUACAAUGUAUGCCAAAUGUGGAAGCAUAGAAGAUUCACAUAAAAUGUUUAUGGCUAUGAAUGGGCGUGAUUUUAUAUCUUGGAAUGCGAUGAUUUCUGCUUAUGCUCUUCAUGGCCAAGGCCAAAAGGCUCUAUUGCUAUUUGAAGAAAUGAAGAAGAAAGGAGUUGCUCCUGAUGAGCUCACAAUAUUGUCCAUUCUCCAAGCUUGCACUUACUCUGGUCUGUGGCAAGAUGGACUAGGCUUAUUCAAUGUGAUGGGGCCAAAAUAUGGAAUUAAACCUUUACUUGAGCACUAUGCUUGUAUGGUUGAUCUUUUAGGUCGUGCUGGGCACUUGUCUGAAGCAAUGGAUAUAAUUAACAAAAGCCCCUUUCCAAAUUCAACCCUGCUUUGGAGAACUUUAGUCAAUGUGUGCAAGUUAUGUGGUGAUUUAAAUUUUGGCAAGUUGGCUUCAAAACGUUUGCUUGAUUUGUCACCUUCUGAGGCUGGUUCUUACAUACUAGUUUCAAAUAUGUAUGCUGGAGAAAGAAUAUUAGAUGAGGCAGCAAAGGUUAGAACAGUUAUGAAUGACUUGAAGCUAAGCAAAGAAGUAGGUUGUAGCUGGAUUGAGAUAGAAAAUAAGGUACACCAUUUUGUGGCAAGUGACAAAGAUCAUCCAAAAAGUAGAGAAAUUUAUGCCGGAUUGGAUCUAUUGAGGGAUGAGAUGAAAUGGAACUAUGAUAGAGCUGAUAUUCAUCUGAUCUCGGAACUUGUAUGAAUAUGAAAGAAGAGCACCUGUCCUGCAGACUUACUCACAAUUCAUUGGCAAGUACUUCAUAAUCUGUACAGACAAUUCUGGGUGAUACCCUUAUGGAUCAACUGUUCAAAUCAUGGAGUAGAUGCCAUUAUCAAGAAAUCCUCCCCCUGUAAGUAGUGCCAUUUUUCUAAUUCAGAAAGGAUACUGCGAUUCCAAAUGGCAAGUUAUGUUUCCAGCUAAUUCACAUGCUUGAGAAAACUCAUGCACUCAACUGAUCAUAAUUAUGUUUUAACGCUUGAAUGAUAAGGUGAGGAGAAGACUUUCUGUCUUGGACAAGAUACUCAUUCUUCGGGAUACAAUAAAAUUACUCAUUGGUGAUGCUCAUACGGAUAAUGAUUAUCUUAUGUCAGUGUGCUUAGGUGCAAUGGAGACAUCUUUGAAUUAUAUGCACAUUAAGUGUUCAGCCAAUCAGCUUGAAGCCUCAUUGGUGGGAUCGUGCUGCUCUCUGGCCUCAGUUAUAAGCAUAUGGCAGUUUGUAAAUUACAAAUUCAAGGAUAAGGGCUAUGAUACCUAAAAGUUCAAGUUUUACAUUGAAGACCCAUUUUCAGAGACUAGUAGCCAGUAAUUGAUUCGACAUGGUGAUCAGUGAUGCUGUAAAAUUGUUCAACAACCUAGUUGGAAACAUGGUUUCAGGUCAUUAUAAGUUUAAAUUUGAAGAGCAGAUACAGGAAAAAUGUUACAAGGGUUUUGUUGAAGUGAUUCCUAUGAUGGUAAAUGUUGAAACUUGUACAUUGGCAAGAAAUCAAUAUUGUACAAGACCAUCUCAUUGCAAAAAGAUCAGAAUUUUAAAUUGA